AUGGGUUAUUUUAAAUUAAAAAGACAACAUGCACCAGAUUCCAUAGGUGUAGAAAAUUAUAAAAGAAGACGAUUAUUACAAGAUUUUGCAAGUCUAAGCAUAUCAUCUUCACAGAACGCCUCCAAUUCCAACAAAACUGGUACACCAAAUGUUACAAAAAUACUUUCCGGAGAUAUAUUAGUACCAGACACUGUAAAGAAUAAAUUAUUAAAAUUCUCUCAAAGUGAAAAAUCAACAAGAUCAAGUGCUGAAGCAAUAUAUGACAGAAUAUUGGAAUGGAUUAAAGAAGAUGCAUCUCAAAUUAUUAAAUGGGUAGAUUGGGAGCACGAAUUAUUUGUUAUGUGGUAUACUUGGUAUCAUAAUUUAUGGUACAAUAAUAAUAAUAAUAAUAUAGAUAUGGAAGUAGAUCCUCAACAACAACAAGCAGCGAACAGUUUUCAAGUUGUGAAUAAUGAUAUUAAUGAGAGUAUUGAUGUAGAUAUGGAUGUAGAUAUGGAUGCAUAA